AUGUCUUCCCUCACCAUGCGCCGCGCGUUUCCCCUUCCCUCUGCGAGCCGGCUCGUCGUCCGUCCCCUCACUACGACCCGAAUCCUCCGCAGCCCCGAAGACGGCAAGCCUUCCUUUGGCUUCAAGAGCGGUCCCGCUCCCCCUCGUCUCCCAAAAGAAGAACAAGAGAUCUUUGAAGAGCUUCAGCGCCGGUCGACGGGUGCGUUCAGCACACCUCAGGUCAAUCAGUCACCUCAGGCCGAGAUCAAGGUCAACGGCAACGGCGAAGAGCUGCACCCGGAUGCGCCGCAGGGUAUGAAGCCUGAGUUCGACGGCGAUAAGAAUCCUAAGACAGGAGAAGUUGGUGGCCCGAAGAACGAGCCGCUGCGAUGGGGAUCCGGAGGAGACUGGAGCUAUGGUGGCCGGGUGACUGACUUCUAA